UAAUACCACACAGCCGUCAUUCUGAUGUCACUUCCGACGAUAUUUACCCAUCCAGAGUAGGUUGUUGUUAGCAGUGAUUAGUCGCCGUUUUCUUGGACCCGCAGCAAGAUGUCGGGCGGACCAGCGGUGCGUGUGAGUAUAGAGUCGUCCUGUGAGAAGCAGGUUCAGGAGGUCUCAUUGGAUGGCGUGGAGACCUAUGUCCCGCCCCUCUCCAUGUCCCAAAGUCUCGCUCGAUUGGCUCAGAGGAUUGACUUCAACCAAUCAGAUGAUUCCAAUGAUGAAGAUGUCUCCAGCAGUGAUGCCCAGUGGAGACAAGAGCAAGAGGAGGAGGAAGGCGUGGUACGGUUCCAGCCCUCCCUGUGGCCGUGGGACUCUGUGCGGACGGCCCUGCGGGGGGCUCUGACUGAGAUGUGUGUGUUGCACGACGUGCUCGCCGUGGUCAAGGAGAAGAAGUACAUGGCCCUCGACCCAGUCUCACAGGACAGCGCUACCGCUAAGGUUCCACAGGUGCUGCAGCUGGUGAGUAAGAAGCGUGCGCUGGCUCAGGCCGGGAGUGUGUUGCUGCGCGGCGCGGAGCGUCUGAGUCGGAGUGUGUGUGAGACGGCGGAGAGCCGGCGGCAGAGAGACUUCAACAGCGAGCUGCUCCGUCUGCGAUCACAAUGGAAGCUCCGCAAAGUAGGAGACAAGAUCCUAGGAGACCUGAGCUACCGCAGCGCAGGGUCUCUGUUCCCCCACCAUGGAACCUUUGAGGUCAUUAAGAACACGGACCUCGACCUGGACAAGAAGAUUCCAGAAGACUACUGUCCACUCAGCGUACAGAUCCCCAGCGACCUCCAGGGCACAGCCUACAUCAAGGUAUCCAUACAGAAAACAGCUCCAGACAUCGGGGAUCUGGGGACAGUCAACUUAUUCAGAAGACAACCUAAAACCAGAGCAGGAGCUCUCCAGUGGAAUGUGUGUCUUGAGGCGGCCCAGAAUGUUCUCUUGUGUAAAGAGAUCCUGGCUCAACUCUCCAGAGAAGCCGUGCAGCUCAAGAGCCAAGUCCCCCAUAUAGUGGUGAAGAACCACAUCAUCUCUCAGCCUUUCCCUGGCCUACAGCUCUCCAUCUCUCUCUGCCACUCUACUGGUGAGAAGAAGAAUCAGCGCUCCCCUGCAGAGAACAAACCAGACGACCACCUCUAUGUGCUGGAACACAACCUCCACCAGCUGAUACGAGAGUUCCACAAGCAGACCCUGACGUCUAUGGUGAUGCCCCACCCUGCCAGUGCGCCCCUGGGCCAGAAGCGGCUCCGAUUGGCCGGGCCGAUGGCCUAUGACAAGAGCGCCAUCGCCAACCUGCAGAGCAAUGAAGGACUCCUGGAGAAGAUCAUCAAACAGGCCAAACACAUCUUCCUCAGGAGCAGGACGGCGCGCACUAUUGACAGUCUGGCGUGUCGCGUUGAAGACCCUCAGAUCCAGGCCCACUGGUCCAACAUCAACGACGUCUACGAGUCCAGCGUCAAGGUCCUCAUCACCUCCCAGGGCUACGAGCAGAUAUGCAAGUCUAUCCAGCUGCAGUUGAAUAUCGGCGUGGAGCAGAUCAGAGUCGUCCACAGAGACGGGCGAGUCAUCACCCUCUCCCACCAGGAGCAAGAGCUACAGGACUUCAUGCUGUCACAGAUGUCUCAACAUCAGGUCCACGCCGUGCAGCAGCUGGCGAAGGUUAUGGGGUGGCACGUCCUGAGCUUCAGUAAUCACGUGGGACUCGGGGCCGUCGAGAAUAUCGGCAACGCCUCCGCACUCACCGUGGCGUCCCCUAAUGGAGAACACGCCAUCUCAGUGCGUAACGGACCGGAGCAGGGCUGCCGUGUGCUGGUCCAGCGUGUGCGUGGAGGAGGAGGAGGAGGGGGCGGUGCCGGGGGGGUGUGUGUGUCGGGGGGCGGCGAGGUGGUGCAGGACCUGCGCUGGGCUCAGCUGAGGGGGGGGUACCGCGAGGUCAACUGGAGCCGCAUGGAGGGGCGCAACUUCAUCUACAAGAUGGAGCUCCUGAUGGCGGCGCUAACGCCCUGCCCUUAACACACACACACACACACACACACACACACACACCCUUCCCUUAACA